AUGAGCGCAGUGGAGCAACAGCCUCCCGUGGCAGAGGCCAAACUCGUGCCUGAGCCAGGGAAAGCUUCCAGAGAUGAGGCUGUUGUUACCACCAAAGAGACCUCGAAGACAGAGGCAGCGCCUUUUAGCAACUACUGGCGCAUCCUCUCCCAUCGGACCACGGCUGACGGAUAUGUUCUGCUCCUUGGCCUGUUAUGCGGCGUUGGAUCCGGUACUGCUAUGCCGCUCAUGAAUAUCGUCUUUGGAAAUUUGGUCGGCGACUUCAAUGGAUACUUCCUUCCCAAUACUACGGUGACAGAGGCCAAGUUUAAGUCAAGCGUGAACCGGAAUGCGCUCUACAUCGUCUACCUAUUCAUAGGCAAGUUCGUCCUGACGUAUGUCUCAAUGUUCUGCUUUCGGACUACGGGACUCCGUGUAUCGGCCCGGAUUAGACUCGCCUACCUUGAAUCUCUCUUCGCACAAUCGGUGGAAAAGCUCGAUUCGGUGUCUUCUGGGAGUGUCGCCAAUACAAUCACGACCUCGGCCAAUACCAUCCAGAUGAGCAUCUCGGACAAACUCUAUGGACUCUUCAUGAGCCUGGCCCUUACCAUUUCAGCCUUUGCCAUUGCCUUCCGGUAUUCGUGGGCGGUAACCCUUGUCUGCACCUCUGCCCUCGUAUUCAUAUUCCUGACUUACUCCGUCACUGCUCCCUACAUCAUCAAGGGGCUCCAGAAGUUGGGCAAAGCCAAUGAGGCAGCUGCAUCUACAGCAGGGGAGAUCUUCUCCUCAAUCAGAGCUGUAUUCUCACUCAAUGCAGAAAAGACCAUGACGAAGAAAUAUUUUGCUCAUCUGGAGGAAGCCGACAGAACAGGAUUUGCUCUGUCCGUCCCAUACGGGCUUCAAUUUGCCCCCAUUUUCUUCGCCAUGUACUCGAACUACGCACUUGCCUUUUGGUUCGGACUCAAGCUUUUCCGCGAAGGCCAUAUCUCGAACAUCGGCACGGUAGUCACUGUCUUCUUCUCUGUCAUGAUCGUGAUCGCUGUCCUAGGAGUCAUGGUCGCCCCCAUCAUGGAGAUCCAGAAAGCAGUCGGCGUUUCGACCGAGUUCUUCUCCAUGAUCGAUUCCAAACCGGUGAAGCAGGACGGUGUCUCUGAACCAGAUGUCUCUGCCCAUGACGACAUCGAACUCAGAGACGUCUCUUUUGCAUAUCCAACCAGACCUACUGUCCAGGUGCUCAAAGGGUUCAAUGCUCGGUUUGAAACGGGAAAGACCACUGCCCUCGUCGGUCCUUCAGGGUCUGGUAAGAGUACCAUAGUUGCAUUGUUGGAGCGGUGGUAUGAAUUGGGAGACGACCAGCCAGAAAAGCCCGAAACUACAAAUGAACUGUCAGCAAACGUCACAUCUUCUGUUGAGAAGGGAGAAGCGCACAAAGGGUUACCAAGCCGCACCAGCGGCGUUGUCUCGAUCGGAGGCCGCGACAUAAAUGAAGUCAACUUGAAGUGGUGGAGGUCGAAGAUUGGCCUUGUUCAACAGGAACCAUUCCUUUUCAACGACACCAUCCUCAAUAAUGUCGCCUUUGGCCUGAUAGGGACUAAUUGGGAGCACGAGGAUGAGGCAGUCAAGAGGAUUCGGGUUGAGAAGGCAUGUCAGGAAGCCUUUGCGGAUGAGUUCAUCCAACAACUGCCAGAGGGAUACUUGACAAAAGUCGGAGAGAGCGGUAUCAAGCUGAGUGGUGGCCAACGACAGCGGCUCGCCAUUGCUCGCAGUAUUAUACGUGAGCCCGCCAUCCUCAUCUUGGAUGAGGCCACCAGUUCGAUCGACGUCCGUGGUGAGAGAAUAGUCCAAAAGGCCCUUGACCGAGUCUCUCGAGAUCGCACGACCAUUGUUAUCGCCCACAGGCUCUCGACUAUCCGCAAAGCGGACAAGAUCAUUGUCAUGCGUGAAGGAUGCAAGGUGGAGGAAGGCACCCACCAGCAACUUUUGUCUAUGCCUGACGGGCUCUACGCAAGCCUGGUACGGGCGCAACAACUUGAGGCAGAAUCUGCGCCCGACACGGUAGAAAAUGAGGACGAGGUCUAUUUUGACAAUCUCGAGCGAAAAGAGACAACUGGCUCUCUAAAGGAAAAGCCAGAUGGACCAACUUCAACUUACAAGGCAAAGGGGUUUUUCCGUUCUUUCGGCCGGUUCAUCUACGAACAACGGAGACAGUGGGUUCUCUACCUUUUUGUGCUGGCAGGGGCAUCGGGAGCAGGAGCCUCCUUCUCAAUCCAAAGCUAUAUCUUCGCUCACGUAGUGGAAGUCUUUCGACUGACCGGGGCCAAGAUGAAAGAACGAGGUGACUUCUGGUCACUGAUGUUCUUCAUCCUUGCCCUGGGCGUCGCGACAUGUUAUUUCAUCGCGAUAUACUGUGCCAACAAUGUCUCCGUGCGCAUUUCAUCGACAUAUAAAAAGGAGUACUUCCAGAACAUCCUGCGGAAUCCCGUGUCAUUCUUCGAUAUGGAGGAAAAUGCUUCCGGGUCUCUGAUGUCGCGACUAUCAACCGAUCCAAAGCAGGUCCAGGACCUAUUGGGUCUAAACGGCAUCUUCCCCAUCAUAUCGAUUUUCAACAUUACUGGUUGCGUGGCGAUCGCCUUCACCUUUGGCUGGAAGCUGACGGUGGUCACCUUCUUCUCUGCCAUGCCCGUCAUCUUCAUUGCCGCCUUUGUCCGCAUCCGAUAUGAGCUCGAAUUUGAGAAAUGGAACAGCGAGGUGUUUUCCCACAGCUCGCAAUUUGCCACCGAAGCCAUUGGCGCUUUUCGCACAGUCACCGCCUUGACCAUGGAGGACUCCAUUGUUCGGAAGUACUCGGACCUUUUGGGAGUUCAAAUCAAAAAGGCAACGUUCAAGGCGACAUAUGCUGCGCUGGUGUUCGCCCUGUCCGACAGCAUAGAGCUUUGUGCCAUGGCUCUGACAUUUUGGUAUGGAGGACAGCUCUUGGCUUCACGGGAAUAUAAUCCCACGCAGUUUUUCGUCAUCUACGUGGCAAUCAUCCAAGGCGCCCAAGGCGCCGGGCAGUUCUUAAGCUUCAGCCCCAACAUCUCUCAGGCCACAGCGGCGGCAAACCGCAUUCUAGGGCUCCGCCAACAAGCGACUGGAACACAGAAAGCAACCAGCUCCCACUCCGGCAAGGCCUUGCAGGCGGUGGCGAAAGAUGUCGGAGGAGCCAGCAUCAAGUUCUCCGGUGUCACCUUCAAGUAUCCAACGCGGGAUACACCGAUCUAUCGGAAUCUCAGUUUCUCGAUGGAGAGCGGUCAGUUCGUGGCUUUCGUGGGACCCUCCGGGUGUGGUAAAACCACCGUGAUUUCGUUGCUCGAGCGAUUCUACGAACCUCUUUCGGGAACCAUCACUUUCAACGGCGUUGAUAUUCGGGACAUCGAGUUGUCAUCGUACCGACGAGCAGUGUCGCUUGUUGCUCAGGAACCCAAACUGUUUGACGGAACCAUUCGUGAAAACCUUGUUCUUGGCCUCCAGGAUCCCGACGACGGGGAGAAAGAAUCCGUCUCAGAAGAGAGAAUCAUACAGGCGUGCAAAGAUGCCGAGAUCCACGAUUUCAUCAUCUCCCUUCCCGACGGAUACGACACAGCUUUAGGGAUCAACACCCAAACGUCGCUCAGUGGCGGCCAGAAGCAGCGAUUGUGUCUGGCGCGGGCUCUGCUACGGGAUCCUUCGCUUCUGCUUCUGGAUGAGGCCACUUCCAGCCUUGAUUCGCAAUCCGAAAAGCUGGUGCAGGGCGCCAUCGAGCGGCUGGUGGGUCAGCGCAGCAUGACGGUCGUUGCUGUGGCGCAUCGCCUCGCGACUAUCCGGAAGGCAGAUGUCAUUUUCGUCUUUGGUGCAAAUGAGGUCGGUCAUGGCUCGAGGAUCCUCGAACAUGGCACGCAUCAUGAAUUGGUUGCUAGGAGAGGUAUAUAUUGGCAGAUGUGUCAGGAACAAGCUCUGGAUCGAUAA